CUGACCAAUGGCACCACUAAGCUUCCAAUCCACUCCCUGGUCAUCUCUCACCUCGAAUACUGCAACUCCCUCCUCAUUGGUUUACCUUUAACCCUCUAUACAAAUCCCUCCACUGGCCUCCAUUCCAGGUCUUCCACCCCUCUCUACCAAUCCCUCCACUGGCCUCCAUUCCAGGUCUUCCACCCCUCUCUACCAAUCCCUCCACUGGCCUCCAUUCCAGGUCUUCCACCCCUCUCUACCAAUCCCUCCACUGGCCUCACCAUUCCAGGUCUUCCACCCCUCUCUACCAAUUCCUCCACUGGCCUCCACUCAGUGUCCUCCACCCCUCUCUGCCAAUCCCUCCACUGGCCUCCAUUCAGUGUCCUCCACCCCUCUCUGCCAAUCCCUCCACUGGCCUUCACUCAGUGUCCUCCACCCAUUUCUGCCAAUCCCUCCACUGGCCUCCAUUCAGUGUCCUCCACCCCUCUCUACCAAUCCCUCCACUGGCCUCCAUUCCAGGUCUUCCACCCCUCUCUACCAAUUCCUCCACAUGGCCUCCAUUCAGUGUUCUCCACCCCUCUCUACCAAUCCCUCCACUGGCCUCCAUUCAGUGUCCUCCACCCCUCUCUGCCAAUCCCUUCAUUGGCCUCCAUUCAGUGUCCUCCACCCCUCUCUGCUAAUCCCUCCACUGGCCGCCAUUCAGUGUCCUCCACCCCUCUAUGCCAAUCCCUCCUCCACUGGCCUCCAUUCAGUGUCCUCCACCCCUCUAUGCCAAUCCCUCCACUGGCUGCCACU